GAGGUGGAGAAGGAGGAGGAGGAAGGAAAAGAGGCAGGGAAGGGUGAAGUGAAGGAAAAAGGAAGGAGGAGGGGGCCGUGACAGAGGGAGUGAACGAGAGGAGUGCUGCGGAGCAAGCAUGAGGUUUUCCAUUUUUCUCCUAAGCAGCAGUCAGAUGAACAGAAACACAAGAGAAGUGCCUUCAUUUGCUGACCCUGUGGCCGUUUGGCUCCACUGAAGCCGCCUGUGCCUCUGUGCCAGCUCAUGACCGUGGGAGCUGCCAGCUACACCAGAAGCAUCAAGACUGCCGUGACUGCCAGCCGCGUCCGCUGAGGAUGUCUUCACACCACUGACACCUCCCUCGUCCCCUCCCUGAAUUUGGCUCUGCGUGUCUGCCAGACCUCUCCAUCUAUGCCACUCAGCCCUCUCCUGCGGAGGCCCAAUACUUCCUCCUUCUCUAAAGACAAAGGCUGAUACUGAAGACAAACAGUGUUUAUCAGCUCCUGUGAGCAGAAGGAAAUUGUUUUACGGCUGUCCUCUCAUCUGGUCUCCUGCUACUUCUCUUCCUCUUCCCCUCUUCCCCCAGCCUUUCAUCCCGUCAUCAUGGGCCAGCGUAAUCGAUAAUCUCGUUUGCUAUUUGUUUCAUCUGACAAUUCAGUUGAGGAUCAAGAAAGCCGGCUUGCUUUUAAAGAAAGAGAUUACAAAGUUAGCAUCCGUGACCCUUCCUAGUCCAUGUCCUGGGUAAAAGGUGCUGAGGUCUUUGUUUUUGAGCCACCAACUGACUCCUAGGAGGAACCACUGGUGCUAAAUUAGUCCAAGGCAUCACAGGUGUCGUACAGAUCAAACUUUGGGAGCAAAACUACUUAAGUUUAGCUUUUUCUCAUGUCCUUUACCUACUUUUUUUCAUUGUUUCCCUCUGCGUUGCUAAAACCAUAUCGACAAAGACAUAGCUCCUUUUGCUGGAUACUUUUUCCUAAUAAUCGACCCCUGCUGUCGGGUUCAAAAUGGCAGUGAAUGUGACACCGAUCCGGGACACAAAGUGGCUGACACUAGAGGUCUGUCGGGAAUUCCAGAGAGGAACUUGUUCACGUCCAGACAACGAGUGCAAGUUCGCCCACCCUGCCAAGAGCUGUCAGGUGGAAAAUGGCAGAGUCAUUGCUUGCUUUGACUCACUCAAGGGCCGCUGUUCUAGGGAGAACUGUAAGUACCUGCAUCCCCCCCCUCACCUAAAGACACAGUUGGAGAUCAACGGCAGGAAUAACCUCAUCCAGCAGAAGAACAUGGCCAUGCUGGCCCAGCAGAUGCAACUUGCCAAUGCCAUGAUACCCGGUACACAAAUACAGCCAGUGCACAUGUUUUCAGUCACGCCCAGCCUUGCAACCAACGCCAAUGCUGCUGCAGCAGCUGCCGCUGCUUUCAACCCCUACCUUGGCCCCGUGUCACCCGGCCUAAUGCCUGCUGACAUCCUACCCAGCGCACCUGUACUGGUCACCAGCAACCCCAACGUCCCCGUGCCUGCUGCUGCCGCCGCGGCCGCCGCCGCACAGAAGCUCAUGAGGACCGACAGACUGGAGGUAUGUCGGGAAUACCAGCGGGGUAACUGCACACGUGGCGAGAACGACUGUCGCUUUGCCCACCCAGCAGAUAGCACUAUGAUUGACACCAACGACAAUACAGUCACUGUGUGUAUGGACUACAUAAAGGGCCGCUGCUCGAGGGAGAAGUGCAAGUACUUUCACCCUCCGGCUCACCUGCAGGCCAAAAUCAAAGCCGCCCAACAUCAAGUCAACCAGGCUGCAGCCGCUGCAGCCAUGACUCAGUCGGCUGUCAAAUCACUGAAGCGACCCCUCGACGCAACCUUUGACCUGGGGCUCCCUCCUGUCUUGCCUCCUUUACCAAAGAGACCCGCACUUGAAAAAGCCAACGGUGCCACCACUAUGUUUAAUGCUGGAGUAUUCCAGUACCAACAGGCCCUGGCCAACAUGCAGUUUCAACAGCAGGCUGCUUUCAUACCAUCAGGCUCGAUAUUGUGCAUGACACCUGCAACAAGUGUUGUACCCAUGAUGCACGGUGCUUCUCCAGCCACUGUGUCUGCAGCCACAACAUCUGCCACAAGUGUUCCCUUUGCAACAGCAACAGCCAAUCAGAUUCCAAUAAUAUCUGCAGACCAUCUGACUAGUCACAAGUAUGUGACCCAGAUGUAGGAGUCUCACUCAGAACAAUGAAACUGGAGUGUGCUGGUGUCUAGUCCAAGACCUGCAGUCCCCCUUCAUGGCCCUAACGUCAAGAGAGGAGCAGAAGCCAAAUCGGAGUGGUUUGGGAGAAAACUGCAUGUUAACAUAGGAGACACAGUCUGUUAGUAGUGUUUUCAUGUGUAGUUGAUGCACAGUAAGACAAAAAAAAAGAAAAAAAAGAAUACAUUACAUUUAAGACUGCCUUUCAUUCUGCAGAGGCAACUAACCUUUAUUCACCAGACACAUUUUGAAUGUUAUCAUAAACGGAAAUGUGUGGAGCCGAUCACAAGUGACUGAAUCGGUUAUGUCUCUCGACCAAGAAUCACCUGUUCUUUGUUUAUUGGUUUAAUGGUCUUAAAACUGAAUGACUUCAUCUGUUUACACAAGCGUGCACCUUCAAGUGAAGUAAAAGAAAACGACGUUCUGACUGAACCAUGUGCAUGCACAACAACUAUUCGUUUCUAGAUUUGCUUUGGUUUAAACGGAAAGAAGGGAAUCCACGUUGAGUGCACUCGGAGGCAAAAAUAGCAACUGAAUGUCUGUGCGCGGUGUCUUUCAAACCUUUGUAGCCUACCUUUCUAUCUCUGAAGCACAUGUGUCUAACCUUACAGGCCGCCCUGUACAGUGCCAUACAUCUCAGUAAUACAUGAAUGAUAUUCAAACUGUGCAACCAAUUGUUUAACCAGAUUCCCUUUAAUAUGCCCUUUUUUUAAUCAACAGCAUGCUGUGUCCAUCGUCAUUCGCUGUGAUUCCUAUUAGCGACAGAUAAAUUCUCAUAUUCUGUGACUGACCCCAUGGUGUGCACAUUUUUUUUUUUUUUGCCGGUUUUGUUGUUUAAACAUGUAAUGACUGGAAGUUGAUCUCUAGGCUUGUGUGAGAGACUAAAAAACCUCUCCUUAAUGAAGACCUUGUGAUAAUUAGCUGUCUAAUCUGCUGUGAGAAGGCUGGUAUAAAGUUGUAAAAUAACAAGUGACUUAAAAAGGGCAGGUUUGUGUGGCAAAUAAUUGUUUUCCAUCUACACUGUAAAAUGUGAAACAUUGGAUCAAUUAACAAAAAUGCUUUUUAAAAUAUUAGUUUUUAUUAAAUUAAAUUUCUGAGUUGGGUACAUUUUAAUCUGAUAAAAGCAAAUCUUAUAUAUGUAAAAAAAAUCGAUCCAGUGUUUCACUUUUUUUCAGUAUAUUGUUAAGGAAAUGUGUCAAAUUGGAUUCAGUGAGUGUAUAUAUCCCUAUAAAUAAUCAGACGAAUUUGAAAGUAUUUGUUCUAAUAACUGAGAUGUGUUUGACAGUCAGCCAAAUUUUUAUUUUUCUUGUGUGUGUCACCAUAAUUGGUCGGUGUGGUUAGGCUAGGAGGGCUGUGUUCAAAAAAAAAAAAAAAAAAAUCUGCCCAAAGAAAAAGUUCAGGUGUUUGUUUUUGUUGUGUUUUUUUAGGUUUAAUUAAUCGGCGGAUAGUACAGGGAAAGUGAUAAAAAUAUUUAACGAUUGUAUAACUCAUCCAAAGCCUUAGAAUGUACCAUCAAGUCAGCACAAUGCAACAUGCCAUUUUAACCCAUCCAGUUGCCUAAUUCCCACCACAACAACACACACAGAGCACUAUGGAAUUGUCACUUUUUUUGUCUGUUUUCUUUUUUAUUCUUCUUUCUUAGAUGAGGAGUGUUUUUGUUCUGUUUGGGAAAUAUUUUUCUGGUUUUUCGUUUUGCCUAUUCUAUUUAACUCUCUAAUGAUGAAUACAGUAUAAGGUACAGUGUGUGUUUGUGUGUUGAUCAUGCACAGAUUCCAUGAAAUGUUCAUUUUAGUAUGAUUACGAUUGUAAACUCGAUAUUUUCUAAGUUAUGCAUAUUGUUGAACUGUAUGCAUUUUGCUCAUUUCUUUAGUCUUUAUGUGUUCUUUGAACAAAGAUGUUUUAUAUGAGUAUCUAACAGUUACGAAAUAAUAGAAACAGGAGGACUGAGUUGUCACUUUGGCAACCGUUGCCAAUACCUGAGUAAUAUUUUAACGAUUGUAAGGUUUGUAAUUAGUCAUAUAAGGGAAAAAAAAAAGUUAUUAUGAAAAAUGUAGAUCUUAGAUGUUUAGAGUAAAAAUAUUAUUUUCUACUGUAUCCAUUUCAAAAUAGUAACUAUUGUUUUAAUAUUUCUACUCUCCCUGGAAAUUGGGCCAUGUUGGAAAUCAAGCUGCAUAUUUAAUCACUUUUAGGGGCGUUUGCUGCGGCGGGGUCGAGGUGAAGGCGGUGACGGGACGCCGAGUCUCCGCACUCGGCUCUCGCUUCACCAACUGCAAACAGCAAGGGUGGGGCGGGGCAUACUGAGACUCUAAAGGUGAUAAAAGGUUGACUUUUUUGCACUUCUGUACAUAGUCCAAAAAGAGAGAAUCGUGUAUAUUGAGAUCUUAUUUUGAAUAAAAAAAAUAAUAAUAAAUAAUAAUGACAAGGAAUUUUGCUAGGAUAACAAACAAACAAACAAAAAAAAAAGGCUGAACAAAAUUGCUUGCAUUAAAAAGGGCACUGAGUUCUCACUCUCGUACCCCUUUCAGGAAAGGCCAAGUGUUGCUCUUCUUUUUUGUCAGCAGCUUGUAGUUUGCCAGGUAACCUUCCGGAGGAGGCGCCCACUGCCCUCCAGCAUAAGAGCCUGACUGGGUUUGUCUGGUCCCUUAACCUGUGGACAGGUUUGUACGGCGUGACCACGCCCUCCCAGGUCCAACCAAUCACAACUUGUCCUGUCUUUAUUCAAAGAGGAAUGCAUGUUAAAGGAAACCAUUUAAAAAAACAACAGUAAUACUGAAUAAGAACAUUUACACGGAAAGAUGUAUUUACAGUAUACAAUAUUCUAUCAGUGUAAUGGAAUAAAACAUAUAUAUAUAUAUAUAUUUAAAAGAUACAGAAAUAGAAUAGUGGUUUAAAAAAAUAAAAAAUCCAGACUAUACUAACUAAAGUUUCACUUCUUGGAGAGUUCAAACACAUGCAACACAAACACUAUAGCUAUAAGUAUGUUCUUUAUGUUUAUGUAAGCUGUGCCUCUAGUAGAUGAAAGUGACUUCAAAGAAAUGUAGUUAGAGCUUAAGAAGACUGAAACAUCCUUCUCUGGUUUUUAUCUUUUGAUGCGUCAGUUUGAAGUUUUGCCUUGAAGAAUUCGGUCAUUUCACAUCUACAAGCAUGCACAGUUGCAUCUAUGAGAAAACGUAAAGUUUCUUUUUUUAAUUUAUUUUGCUUUGGGUUUGUUUUCUAUGCUUGUAGUGCUGAGAUGAUGUGUUCUGUCUUCUGCUGCGGUUUGUUUCUUGCUAGUUUUACUGUUCCAGGCCCCCUGAAAGGAUGGAUCACGUUUGCAUGACCCGUCUGGAAAGUACCGGGAGAGAAUGAUUUCCAUUGACUGCAACGUUCUAAAGCCAUAAAAUAUAAUCGUCUGACGGAAACGUGGGAAGGAAAAAUGAAAAAAGACAAAGGGGUGGUGCACGGUACCAUUUGGGAUGGACAGAAAUUGUCCUCCGGUGGUGAAGGGUACUUAGCAUGAGGUGCUGUCCGGGUUAUGAUGUUUGUGUGUACUUAGGAGAAAACCCAAUCAUUUUUUCAUGGGGCCUGCAUUGCUAAAUUUGAUUCUUGCUGUUAUGAAUUAAAAAAAUGUAAUAAAAAUUUACAAAUGAA